CUUGAUCAUUUGUUUGUACUUAUCUCGGUUACAGCCUCUAAGUCUCGGAGAUUCCUGCACUAAAGGGCACGGCGCUGUGAUGUAGAGAGCUCUCUCUCUCUCUCUGACGGCUACAUAAACUCAUCUUCAGACCAGAAAUGGUGCAGAAACAGCACAGGGUGUGUGUGUGGAUGUAGAUGGUGCUCAGUCUCUGUGAGAAGACGGUGAUGAUAUAGAUCGGUGUGAGUCCUGGUUUCUCCUUGACCCUUAAGCACUUGUUGUGAAUGCCAGUCCGUGCAAAUCGAGGGGGAUAGAGGCGACUAACUGUAACGUGGAAAGAGUCGCCAAACUUCACAUCGAUCAAUUCACCCAAGAAGGAAAUUCCGGAACAGGUCCGACUGUCUGUCAGGAAUAGACAACAGGGACUGACUCACAGGGAGACAUAUUUCAGGGAAGAAGUAUUAAAUACAAAAUUAUAUCAAAGUUUGAGGACUGCAAACUCAGGAGCUCCUGAAAAACGUUUACUGGACAGAUCUUUCCAGGGUUGGAUUGAACGAUGAGCAACUGCACUGUCGACCACGAAAUCCACCAGAUCCUGUUUCCCGCUGUCUACAUUGGGGUCUUCAUCAUUGGCCUCCCGACCAACCUGCUGUCCCUGUAUCACAGCUACCUACAAAUCAGGCAGAAGAAUGAGCUGGGAGUCUAUCUCUGUAAUCUGACCAUCUCAGACCUUUUGUACCUCCUUUCCUUACCUUUGUGGAUUCAGUACAUGCUGCAGCACGAUGACUGGCAACAUUCUCGGGAACUUUGCAUCUUCAGCGGUCUGCUCCUCUACCAGAAUAUUUACAUCAGUAUUGGCUUCCUCUGCUUCAUUGCCAUUAACCGCUUCCUUGUUGUGGCUUACCCUCUGAAAUUUAAAUUCAUACACAGCAGGAAGGCAGCUUUGCUCAUCAGUAUUCUCAUCUGGCUCAAGGAGAUAGCCGUCUGCACCAUUUACAUGGGCUCCAAGGUUCUCAGUAAAGACGAGGGGAAUGACACCCUGUGUUUCGAACAUUAUCCUCUGCGCCUAAAGGACAAAUAUUUAAAUAUUUACAAACUCUCCAUUGGCUUUGGUCUCCCUUUGAUUUUAUUCCUCUACUCUUACUUUAAACUGUUGAGGGUUGUGCAAAAUCUCCGUGGGUCUGAACGACAGCGGAAAUUAAGAAUAAAAAAGUUAGUAUCUGGGAUAAUCAUAAUUUUCCUGGUUUGCUUUGCCCCUUAUCACAUUUUCCUGAUGGUCCGAAGCAUAUUUGAGUACGACUGUCCCUUUGCUGACAGUAUUUUUGAGGUUUACCAUGUCGGGCUGCUGCUGAUGAGCUUCAACUGUGUGGCCGACCCCAUCUUGUACUGUUUUGUCUCUCCAAGUUCAAAGGGUUGGUUAGCAAGGUUUCUCGAUCCUGUUAGCAAGCUCCUUUCUUGUGCAAAAAGGCAAACAAUCACAGAUGAAAACCUCAGUUUGAAUUAAUAUUGAACCCAUCUCUCAAGCUCAUUCAGUUGAACAGUUUGCAUUGUAAUAGCGCCUUUAACAUAGUAAAACAUUCUCACAUAUUUAACAAGGAUUGAGUAAACAAAAUGCAGCACCAACAGGGAGAGAGCUGUAUGAGAAAAAACAGUGAGUUUGUUGUUCUGUCAUUUUCAGUUUUGUUCUACUUUAAAUCGUUUUCACCUCACUCUUGCCAUUCAAAUCCAAAACUAUUCCAUUGUCAUCCCUCAGGUGUCUGGAGUGAAACACUGCAAACAUUUUAAAUUGAUGUUUUCACUGAAUUUGUUUCAACAGCUCAUAGCACAUGUCUGAGACAGGUGGGACUUGAACGUCAAACAUCUGACUCAGAGAUAGGGUCACUGUCACUGCAUAACCAGAACUGGUUCUAGUCCCAUUGUCACUGAGAUGUCUCCAAAAUUUUUGAGGGAGCCUUGGUGUCUGGGCAUCAAUAAAUGGAGCAAGCCUGAGUUUGCAGCUCCCUCUCCUGACAGUUCUGAAAACUGCAGGCACUGUCAGCAGGGUCACAAUCACUGAUUUGUAUUCUCAUCUUUUAUCAACAGUGCAGGAGGCCAGUAUAAAGUUGGUAUCAGCUGUAUCAACUUAUGAGCAAAGCAGUAGAACAGACAGACCUAGGGGUUCAGGUACAUAAUUCAUCACAUAUACAUAGGAUAGUCAAGAAGGCAUUUAGCUCAGACC